UACCACGAAAAUUGGGGAGAAAAUGGGAUUACAUUUUAUUUUUUAUUUUUUUAAACUAAAAAAAUAAGUUAUAUACAAUGCAAAAAAAUAAAAAAAUAGCACAAUUGAUUACGGGCAUGUAAAAUGUCAGCCAUCAUCUUCGGCACUUUUUUUUAUUAUACCAUGGCAUUGUUGAAUACUCCUUUCUGAUUGGCUUGAAGGGCAUUCUAGAGUGUGCAUUAUUUCCCUAUAACGCAUAAUAUUUUUGCACGGUCCAAUUCAAUGGCUAUAGUUCAUUUUUCCAUGUUUUGCUUGAGUUGCUUUUGAAAGCAAUCAGUCGAAUCGAAAACGGUAUUGGUGUUGUUGAAUUCGAUUUUCAUAAUAGCAAGCUAGGACUGAUAGUUUGGUUAGCUUAAACUAGCAAGUCGGUUUGGUUACCAUGGCAACUUCUGCUUGCUAGCUACUUCAGUGGAUGUUGAACACAUUUCUACCUGCAAAUUAACACAUUUCUCGUGUGUGAAAUUAUAUCCAGGAAAAUAAUGCAACUCCAUGGAAGGUCAGUUCCACUCUGCGCUAACACACCUUCCACGCCUUUCUUUAUUGUUCAUAGAAUUCAAAUCAAAUCGUAUUCGUCACAUGUGCCAAAUACAACAGGUGUAGACCUUGCCGUUAAAUGCUUUAAGAAGUAUUAAGUAAAAAAUAGAAAAUAAAAGUAACACAUAAUUAAACAGCAGCAGUAAAACAUUAUGCACAAAAGAGGUUACAAAUAACGCAAAAAAUUGGUUACGGGAUCGUAAAACGGCAGCCUUCUCCUUCGGCGCCAUUCUUUAUAGAGCGCAUAGCCCCUCGUUGAUUAUCCCAUGUCUAGCGUUGUGAUAAUAUACACUAGACGGAUAUAUAGGGACUGGGACUAUACUGGAAACCAAUGUGUAAUGGAGUUUGAUAUAUAAAACGGAGCUGCAAUGUCAUGUGUAAUGGAGUUUGAUAUAUAAAACGGAGCUGCAGUGUCAUGUGUAAUGGAGUUUGAUAUAUAAAACGGAGCUGCAGUGUCAUGUGUAAUGGAGUUUGAUAUAUAAAACGGAGCUGCAGUGUCAUGUGUAAUGGAGUUUGAUAUAUAAAACGGAGCUGCAGUGUCAUGUGUAAUGGAGUUUGAUAUAUAAAACGGAGCUGCAGUGUCAUGUGUAAUGGAGUUUGAUAUAUAAAACGGAGCUGCAGUGUCAUGUGUAAUGGAGUUUGAUAUAUAAAACAGAGCUGCAGUGUCAUGUGUAAUGGAGUUUGAUAUAUAAAACGGAGCUGCAGUGUCAUGUGUAAUGGAGUUUGAUAUAUAAAACGGAGCUGCAGUGUCAUGUGCAAUGGAGUUGAUACAGUGAUGGGUUUUGGAGUUGACAUUGAAAGAGACGUGUAUUGGAGUCAUAGGAAAUGUUUUUAGCUGUAAGCACUAGCGUUAAAGCCUUCUACUGUAGUGGCGUUGGAGGCUCUCCGCGUGUGUGUGUGCGUGCGAGAGAGAGUGUGUUAGCCACACCCACAUGAAUGAGUGACAGAUGUUGAAAGCGUCUUAAGAUAUUCACACACACGCAUGCAUACACACACACACACUUCACAGCUCCAGAUUUUAGCACUCAGGCUCCUGAGCUCCUUUCAUUAGCCUCUGUCUAGACCUUAUUACCAGCUGUUUGUUCCACUCUCCUCCCCGCUACACUGCUCUAGUUUUUCGUUGUUUUUUCUCCUCUCUGUUCUGCUCCGUUUUAUAUUUAUAUUUUUUUUGUUGAAUUUUACCCCCUUUUUCUCCCCAAUUUCAGGGUAUACAAUUGUUAGCAGUUACAGUCUUGUCUCAUCGCUACAACUCCCGUACGGGCUCGGGAGAGACGAAGGUCGAGAGCCAUGCGUCCCCCGAAACACAACCCAACCAAGCCGCACUGCUUCUUAACACAGCGCGCAUCCAACCCGGAAGCCAGCCGCACCAAUGUGUAAGAGGAAACACCGUACACCUAGCGACCUGGUCAGCGUGCACUGCGCCCGGCCCGCUACAGGAGUCAGUAGUGCGCAAUGAGACAAGGAUAUCCCUGCCGGCCAAACCCUCCCUAACCCGGACGACACUGGGCCAAUUGUGCGUCGCCCCAUGGACCUCCCGGUCGCGGCCGGCUGCGACAGAGCCUGGGCUCGAACCCAAAAUCUCUGGUGGCGAUGCAGUGCCCUAGACCACUGCGCCACCCGGGAGGCCUUCGUUCUGCUCUGUUUUGUUUGUGUGUUUACAGAUUCACCCAAGUUGGGCUGCAAAAGAUUUUCAGAUCUGUUUUUUGUGUGUGUGUGUCUGUCUGUCUCUGUCUGUCUCUCACAUUGUCUAUGUGUGGGUGUGUGUGUGUGUCUGUCUCUGUCUGUCUCUUACAUUGUCUAUGUGUGUGUGUGUGUGUGUGUCUGUCUGUCUGUCUGUCUGUCUAUCUGUGUCUGUCUGUCUCUCACAUUGUCUAUGUGUGUGUGUGUGUGUGUGUGUGUGUGUGUGUGUGUGUGUGUGUGUGUGUGUGUGUGUGUGUGUGUGUGUGUGUGUCUGUCUCUUGUCUCUGUCUGUCUCUCACAUUGUCUAUGUGUGUGUGUGUCUGUCUGUCUGUCUGUCUGUCUGUCUCUCACAUUGUCUAUGUGUGGGUGUGUGUCUGGUUGAAACUCUGUCUGUCCAUCUGUCUGGCUUUCUGUUUGUGUGUGUGCGUGUGCAUGACUGUGUGCGUAGGAGUGUGUGUCUGUCUGUGUGUGUCUGUCUGUGUGUGUCUGUCUGUGUGCGUGUGUGUGUGUGGGUGGGGGGGUUAUCUUUGAUAUUUGCAGCCCAACUGUGGUCGACCAUGACCUUUUCUGAAGACAUGUGGCAGAGGUUCCCUACCCCAACACUCCACCGCAGUCUACUCCCACGACAACUCUGCCAACAGACCUUGGCUUGCUCCUCCUCCUAAACACACACACACACACACACACACAUCCAAAGAAAACAGACCAACUCUGCCACUCUCUCACACACACACACACACAUGACUUUUCUCAAUCUUUCUGUUGUGAUGUCUAUCUGAGUGUGUAGAAAAGGGAGUUAGUUCAGGCUGUGUCCAGAACUCAUUUACUGACAUAUAACCGUGUGUGUGUGUGUGUGUGUGUGUGUGUGUUUAGGAGGAGGAGCAAGCCAAGGUCUGUUGGCAGAGUUGUCGUGGGACUCGUGUGUGUGUGUGUGUGUACACAGUCCAGUGCAGGUAUGAAGUCUGCUGUCCCAACAUGAAGAUUGUCUCUGAAUCACCACUGACUAAGGAGGUGCAGGCAGAGAGAGAGAGAGCGCCUGAGGUGUCGUAAUAUGGUGGUCAACUGACCCUCCAACCUCCCUGCCUCUGACCGGACUGAAGACGUGGCAUAUACAGGGCUGAAGAAAUCCCAACGAUGAUUGGCUGUAGAAGCUGAGACGCGACAAGACAGAGGAUCUUGAACUAGGUGCUAUUCUGAAAGUUCAACUGGCUGUAUUGUAUUGGUGCUGAAGACGUGUCGAGGUCUUCCUUCGUGUUGGCGUGUGGCCUUCUCUGUGCUGCGGUGGAGGGCUUCACAGACACAGCUAGUGUGGCUGGAUGCAUCACGCAGUAGAGCAGUUUGGCGGGCGUGGCACACGGGACUCCUUCCCUCUGGGCGGACUCAGCCGGGGAACAUGGGCUACCGUGGGCGGCCACGUCACCUGGGCGCCACCUGCCAGGUGUCCGCCAGGUGUCAAUCAACACCAGCUCUUACCCCAUCUACCGCCCAGUCACAUGGGUGGAGUGAACCACCCCGGUAAAUUCUUCAAUAAUGGGCCCGUGCAGGUGCGUGGCGGUGAGAAGCAGGAGCUGGCCCAGGCCACGUUACCUGGCCUCCAGAGAGCGGACCAGCAACGCCUCCCUCCUCCCCCUCACAGGGCGUGGGAACAGCCGGGUCAGCUGUACGAGUCGCCCGCCCAUCCCCAUCCAUCCGUGCCCCUGCCCAGCGACCACGCGACCCGUCUGCAUGGCGGGUAUAGCCCCGGGCCUCCCGCCAACCUGCCCCCCAGGCCCAAUCAGCUACUGAAGUAUGUGGACCCUCAGGAGCAGCAUCUUCUCAGGGGUCCGACAUCGCUGGGUGACGAUAUGUGGGCUCAGGUGCAGCAAAGGGGUUUCCCAGGGAAGAUGUUGGGAGGGCAGCUGAAGAGACCGGCCCCCCCUCUCGGGGAGUACUCGGUCAUCCGGCACACCCCGCCCCCCUCCCUGCACCCCUCCUCUCGACCCAAUGAGGACUGCCCCAGUCCUAGCAAGAGGAAGAGGAGCUCUGAGCAGGUUCCUCACCCAGGCAUACAGAGGUUCUCUGGCCCAGGAGGGCACCCCCUGCCCCCACAGCAGCAGCCCCCGUCCCACUACCCCCCUCCUCCACCCAAACCUGCUUUCUGGAACCCCAUGCACAAGGCGAGUGGCGCCGCCUGGGCCCAGCCCGAACGCAAGAACGGGUCCCCUGAGUUCCAGGAGUCGGUCAAGUCCUGCAUGGGUGGCUACACCUACAAACCUCCCGCCCCCUCGCCCAUCUCCCCACCCCUCACCUCCUCCCCGGGAGGCUACCCUCAGAGGCACAGCGGGCCCCACCCACCCCACAAGCCCUCAUUCUCACCUCAGGCCCUCAAUCAACCCCCACACAACAACCCCCACAGCUCUCACCCGCAGUACCCUAAACCAGCCCCGCCCCGCAUGGGGAUGGAGCCCAGGGGAGGUCCUCCUGCCCCCCAGAGAGGCCCUACCACUGGGGGCAGGGGAGUCAACAACCAUCCGCCUCCUCACCACCACCAACCUCCAGCAAGGGGGGACAGAGACAGUAGGGAGCCCCCCCAACCCUCACCAGCAAACCACACCGGCGUGCCUUACAGCCACAACCCCCACUUCCAGCCCCACCCCGGGCUGGGCCACACUGCUCCCCACCCCCCUGCCAGCAGCACAGCAGUACCUCAGCAGCACAACCCCACUCCCCCCCACCACGAUGCCUGGAGACCCCAGGGACAGGGUCAGGGCAGGCCACAAAACAACCACCCCAUGGAGUCGGGUCACUACAGGGCAGGGCUGGUACCUCAGGGGCAGCAAAACCAGGCUGGGGAGACCCGGGGUCCCGCGUCCCUCCAACACCAUCAGCACCCCCACAUCAGCCCCCCUCAGGUUCCUACCAGAACCCCCGUCAUCAUCUCCACCCCCCAGGCCUCCUGCUCACAGUCACAAAACAACCGCUACAACAACAGUAGUAGUAUUACUGGACCUGCACUCUCCACUGUGACCACAGCACCACCUGCUGUGUGUUCAGCUAACAGCACCUGUAGGAGAGGCAGGGAGACAAUGUCACUGCCCCACCAGUCCUCAGCUGCGUCUCAGCUGGCGAGAGACCCAGAGAGGGGCCCCAUCCACCCCAUGCUGCACCCAGGGUAUCAGGGAGCCCACGCGGGCACUGCCAACCACCCCCACCGGGUGCCACCCAGGCCCCAGCAGCAGCAGUCCCCUAGCCAGCACCACCAACAGUCUGUCCAGGGGAAGUCUUACUACGGACGGUCUGAUCCUGAUGGCACUCUGGCCUCCUCUUCAUCCUCCUCCUCUUCGUCAUUCUCAGGACACCAGAGGGCAGGGGAGAGCGUCAUCACCAGCAGGGGGUCUCACCCCAGACCCCUCACCCAGACGGAGGUCACUAGCUCGCCCCUGCACCGCCCCAUGCCCGCCCCCCAACCCCACACUGUCAGCUCUGCCCCUCAGCCAGCCUCCAGCCCCUCCUACUCCAGACUCUGUGCCCAGCCUGCCCCCCAGGCUACCACCACCUCAGCCAAGGGGUAUCUAAAUUCUCGACCCCAGCCACCUCCACCAUCAGCCCCCCAGUCCAUGGAGGAGGCUCUGGAUAAACUGGAUGCUGAGCUGCAGGGUCAUAUGCAGGCUGAGGAGAGGAGGGAGCGGGAGCAGGAAGAGCGGAAGCGGGAGCAGGAAGAGCGGAAGAGGGAGCGGGAGCAGGAAGAGCGGAAGAGGGAGCGGGAGCAGGAAGAGCGGAAGAGGGAGCGGGAGCAGGAAGAGCGGAAGAGGGAGCGGGAGCGGGAAGAGCGGGAGAGGGAGCGGGAAGAGCGGGAGAGGGAGCAGGAAGAGCGGGAGAGGGAGCAGGAAGAGCGGGAGAGGGAGCAGGAAGAGCGGAAGAGGGAGAGGGAGCAGGAAGAGCGGGAGAGGGAGAGGGAGCAGGGGAAGAGGAGAGAGUUGGAGAGAGCGGAAGAGGAGAAGAAAAGAAGGGAAUGGGAAAAAGAGCAGGAGGAAAGGAAGAGGAGGGAGCGAGAGGAAGAGGAGAGGAAGAGGAGGACUGAGUGGAUGAAAGAGGAGGAGAGGAGGAAGGUGAAGGAGGAGAUGAGCCGGAGUAGUAAAAGGAGAGCGGAGUCUGCCAUCGAGAGUCUGGAGAGACUCCUGUCCGGCAACUCCUCUGCUCCUCCACCUCCUCGCCUGUCCACCGUCUCCUCCUUUGUCCCACCCCCACCCCCCCCCAGCCAGUCAUCCUCCUCGCCCCCCUACCCCUGGCUGAGCCGGGGCGGGGCUCCCCCUUGUCCCCCAGGCCAGGCACCACCACCUCCCGCCCCCCUGGAGAUGUCACGGCCCCCCCCUCUCACCCCCCAGACGGAGUACGCCAGGGAGAAGCAGAGGCAGAGAGAGAUGUGGGGUGAAACCCCCCCCUCGUCAUUACACACUAGUAACGUUACCUCGGGGAACAACAUCCUGCCCUCGUUGGGGCCCUCUUACCCCAACCACCCCUCAAAUAAGACCUUGACGCAAGGUGCCCCCCGCCCAUCCAAAGACACCCCCCAUCCCAAGGAGAACGCUAGUCAGCAGGUCCGAGGAGGCGCGAUGGGCGCUGUGGAUCCCCUCCACACCUCCAGCACGGUCAACCUCCGAGAGCCCCCCAAACUCUUCCAGGUGUUCCCCAGGGAUAGCCUACCGUCUGGGCCCAACACCUCCAGGACCAACAGCAGCACGUCCAGCACAGGGGGCCUCCUCCACAAGCGCAUGCCCAGCGGAGGCCUAGGCAGCCUAGGUUGCAGUGGCGAUUCUGACAGCACCCAGUUUGAGGAGGAACCCUUGGAGCUCUCAACGUUACUCCCGGAUGGUCUGGCCAACAUCAUGGCCAUGCUGGAUGAGUCCAUCAAGAAAGAGGAGGAAUCUCUGUACUGCAGCAACCGAAACGGCGCUAGGGAGACCAUCAUAACUGCCUUUACUGCUAUGCCGCCGGCUAAGAGCUACCUGUGCGCCCCGGACCUCAUUCCAGCGCCCAAUCAGCAACCGCAGGAUGACUUUAUUGGGACGAACGUCCACGCCAGCCCACCUGUACUGAGCCGACAGGGCUCCCUGGCCUCCCCCUGUAGCCGGACUUCCUCCCUCAACGAGGAAGACGAGGAGGGUUGUCUCGUCCUGAAACCCCCUUUGGAGCUCCACGAGCCAGCCGUCCCCCUCAACUCCGACCCCCAGUCAGGGACUAACUACAGCCACAGCGACCUGGCUAAACUCUACGGUCUCCCGGAGCCUGUGAAGAGCGAGGGUGACGACGAGGAUGAGGAAGAUGAGUCGGAGACCCCGUCCAGUUCCCCUCCCCCGCCCCAGAGGCCCCACCUCCACCAGACGGGGGUGAGCAGCACCUUCAAGUCCCAGGCCGCCCUGGAGAACCAGAAGUACGCCUACCGAGGUGGUCCGUUUGGCCGCCCGCCCCCCUCUGCUCUUGGGGGACUGAAGUACUCCUCCUCCCUCUCUCUGGGUCCCGACAUCCAACAGCAGCAGAAUAGCACCUCCCCCACCUCGGAUUCCACCAAUCACCCAGGCUUCACGCCGUCGUCGGCCCCUCCCCUAAAGACCCGCCCACACUCCCCCUCCAGCCGGGAGGCAAAGAGACAGGUCAACAUCAAGAUGGAGGAGCCUGAUAUCUGGAGAGAUGGGAGAGAAGCCAUGGAGAGGAGGCUCCAUUCCUCGAGGGAGGAGUCCAAGUGUUAUCCCUCUACACAGCCCAUCAAGAUGGAGCCCAAGGAAGAGGUGACGCUUACAACCAUCUCAGAGUCUUCUCUGGCCGAGCUGGGCCGAAGCUGUGAGGUUCUCCUGACCCGACACUCCAGCUCCCUCCCUAGCAAGAACACCUCCGACAGGACCAAGACUGAGCUCCAACAGGAGGGCAGGCACCACAAGCCUGAGAGAGAGCGGGAACGACACCGAGAGAAGGAUGGAGAGAAGGAGCGGAAACCCGGCCGGAGCAAGAAGCACGAGGAGAGGAAAGAGGGGAAGAAAAAGCAGAGGGAGAAACGAGAAGAGAUGUCCUCCUCCUCCUCUUCGUCCUCUCACUCCUCCUCCUCCAGUUCCAGUUCUAAACGGCACAGGCACAAGGAGAAGAAGGACCACCGGCGGAUCCUCGGGAACCUGGACCUUCAGCGUAAGGAGAUCCGGGAGAAGGACCGCGACCGCGUUCGCGCUGACAUUAGGAGGACGGAGGCUGGGUCCACCAGCGAAGGUGAACCCUCCGAAUGGGCGUCCCAUAGUAGAAGUGAAAGAAGUUCAGGAGUCAUGUCCUCUUCUCAGGACAGAGGGGCUGGAUCAACACUGCAGGGUUCGGCUGCUGACUUCAUGAAGCUGAAGGCCCUGUCGGACGGGCCGCCCAAGGAGCUGAAGAUCAGGCUGAUCAAGGUGGAGAGCGGCGACCGAGAGACGUUCAUCGCCUCUGAGGUGGAGGAGAAGAGGACACCCCUGGAGGAGAUCAGCAUCGAGAACACCGCCGCAGAGGUCCUCAGGGCCUGCAAGGGUGCGAGGGUGAAGGGGAAGUUCAGAGAGUCCUACCUGCUCCCUGCGUUCUCUGUCAAGCCCCUGUUUACCACAGAGCCCCUCCCACGGGAUAAACUCAACCCCCCCACGCCUAGCAUCUACUUGGAGAGUAAGAGAGAUGCCCUCUCUCCUGUACUACUGCAGUUCUGUACUGACCCCAAGAACCCUGUUACUGUCAUCAGAGGACUGGCCGGGUCCCUACGACUCAACCUGGGUCUGUUCUCCACGAAGUCUCUGGUGGAUGCUAACUCUGAGCAUGCUGUGGAGGUGAGGACUCAAGUACAGCAGCCUGCUGAUGAGAACUGGGACCCGAGCGGCACGGGGCAGACCUGGCCCUGUGAGAGCAGCCGCUCACACACCACCAUCGCCAAGUACGCCCAGUACCAGGCUUCAUCCUUCCAGGAGAGUCUGCAGGAGGAGAAGGGUAGUGAUGAAGAGGCUGAGGAAGAUGAGGUAGACAAGGAGAAGACGAGUAAGGAGACCAGCCCCGAGACAUCUAGCAAAGAACCCACAAGUAAAGACGCUACCAGUACCGAACAGAAACCAGUGGGGAAGAUAAUCAAGUUUGGCACCAACAUUGACCUGUCAGACCCCAAGAGGUGGAAGCCCCAGCUGCAGGAGCUCCAGAAGCUUCCGGGCUUCAUGCGCGUGGCGUCCAGCGGUAACAUGCUGAGCCACGUGGGACACACCAUCCUGGGCAUGAACACGGUCCAGCUCUACAUGAAGGUCCCCGGGAGCCGCACGCCAGGCCACCAGGAGAAUAACAACUUCUGCUCUGUGAACGUCAACAUUGGGCCUGGAGACUGCGAGUGGUUCUCUGUGCACGAAAACUACUGGCCGGCCAUCGACGACUUCUGUGAAAAGCAUGGAGUAGACUACCUGACCGGUUCCUGGUGGCCUGUUCUGGAGGACCUGUACCGCUCCAACAUCCCUGUUUACCGCUUCAUUCAGAGGCCCGGGGACCUGGUGUGGAUCAACGCAGGGACCGUCCACUGGGUCCAGGCUGUGGGCUGGUGCAACAACAUCGCAUGGAAUGUGGGCCCACUCAACUCCUACCAGUACCAGCUGGCCCUGGAGAGGUUUGAGUGGAACGUGGUCAAGAAGGUCAAGUCCAUCGUCCCCAUGAUCCACGUGUCCUGGAACGUGGCCCGCACCGUCAAGGUCACCGACCCCGACACAUACAAGAUGAUCAAGCACUGCCUCCUGCAGUCCAUCAAGCACAUCCAGGUUCUGCGAGACCAGCUGGUAGUAGCAGGGAAGAAGAUCUCCUACCAGAGCCGAGUGAAGGACGAACCAGCUUACUACUGCAACGAGUGUGAUGUGGAGGUGUUUGACCUGCUGUUCGUGACGUCUGAGAGUGGCAGCAGGAAGACCUAUGUGGUCCACUGUGAGGACUGUGCCCGCCAGAGGAACCCCAGCCUCUCCAACAACGUAGUGGUGUUGGAGCAGUACCGCAUGGAGGAGCUAAUGAGUACCUACGACACAUUCAGCCUGACUGCAGCCCCGAGUACACAGUGAUAAAGCUCCUCCCCCUCCGCGUCUCACAGCCAUAACCAAAACUCCUGCCAGGCAGGACUUUACAUCUUUAAAAAUACGUUAUUUUUAACCUCCCCCCUUCGUUAUUUAAGAUGUUUUGACUACUGCUAAUACUUGCCGAUCAAACAGCCAAUCGAAAACCAGUUUACUACUCAUCACCGUUUACAAAACCGAACCGCCAAUCAAAUGCCAGUUUACCCUUGUUGUAGACUGUUCGUGAACAGCGUUCUGGUUUCCGGAGGACUUGAAAAAAAUGGAAAGGCAGUUGGUGCUAGCUGCCAUUGUGAACAAGCAACAAAGGGUUGACCGUUAUCAAUGGCAUGAAUUUGAUUAUUUCCAUAUCUUUUCUUUUUUUUUAUCAUGAAUUCUGAAAUGUGUAAAUGCUGUGUAUUUUGUGGGGUGCUGUUUUUUGUUUUUUUUAACAUAAUGUAUUUUCUUUAAGACUAGAUCAGCCCUAGAUAUAUACCACAUUGGCCUUGUGACUUGUAUUUAGAAGAUAAAUAAGAUGGAAAAUACUAAGAGAUAUGACUUUUUUUCUAAAAGCAUUAAGAAUAAGGAGACACGAAAAAAUACAAUUGUUUGAAAUGCUUAGAAACAUACGGGUUUUAAAGUCUUUUUAGAUUUUUAGUUUAGUCUUUCUUACUCUUGUAUGUGUUGUGUUUUUACAAAUGUAUAAUGUUUAUUUCCACGGGAAGGCGAAAGAGUCAAUUGUCACAACUCUUUAGGAGUACAUCAGGUCUUUUUGUUUUAAUGAAUUGCUUCCAUUUUUGCAUUGUUUUGUACCUCUGAUUUUGUUAGUUUUUUGCUUAAUAUACAGAUUUAUAAUUUCUUCUGGAUUUUACAUUGUACAUUCUUUUUUAUUUAAAACGUUUCUUAUAUUUAUAGGAUGUCAAUGUUCUCCCCUUGCUUUUAUUAGGGUUGUACAAGUUUGAAAGUAAUUUUUUUUUCUCUAACAACUGAAAUGGUGUGUUAUGGGAGGACAAGGUUCUCUGGUGCUUCUUCUGGUUCUAUAUAUAUAUAAAUGAAUUUCUAAUGAAUAUAACUUACACCUUUCCCUGUAGUUGCUAGGAUCCACAGCCGAGGUAGUUGACGAAUGGAAUACGGUCUUUAAUGAGUGGGGAAAUUAAUUGUUUUUCAUUCUUUCUGGGGGGUUUUGGAUUAAAUGAUUUUUUUUUUAUAUAUAUAUAUUAUUGUAAUCUGUUGGAAUAUUGACUUAUGGGAUAGAAAGGUGCUACAGUUUUCGGAUGAACUAUUUUUGUUUUUCCUUUAAGAUAAAUUCUAUUUUUCCUGUUGCAAUAUACCUUCCUUUUCCUUCUCUUUGUGGUCAUUUAUUUAAAACUGCACUCUUUUAAGAACACACACACACACCAAACUGAGCCAGACAUGUCUUAAACACUUUGUGAAUUUGUGUGACAUUACUAUGACUUAUUAAUAAAUAAACGCUUUUGAUAAAGCCAAAAAUGUG